AUGCAUGGUAAGACUGACUAUUAUGUGCAGAUGGUGUCUAACGUCGUAUCAGAAGAUCUAACAGCAAUUUGUCUAACAGCAAGCGGUAUUAGGCCUUCUGAUACAGACUUUUGGCGCCGAGUAUUUCUAUCCUUUAAGCGAAUCUUCACACGACAUUAA